AUGGCUCUCACCACCGGCGCGGCACCGCCGCUCAGCCACUCCCGCAGCUUCGACGACGUCUCCGACUGGCCGAAAUCCAAGCGCUCCAAGCGCCUCCUCUCCAGCCGCGAACAAUCCCAAGACGAAUAUCUCGCCUUCUGCCUCGUCAUGCUCGCCCGCGGCGGCGGCGGCGCCGCCGCCGGCUCGGUUUCGUACAAGUGUAGUGUGUGCGGCAGGGCUUUCCAUUCGUACCAAGCGCUCGGCGGCCACAAGGCCAGCCACCGCGCCAAGGCUCCGGCGGCGGCGGAAGAGAUCAAUAGCUCCGCCGCCGCGGGGCUGAGCCCUAGCGGGCGGCGCCACGAGUGCUCAGUCUGCCAUAAAAUUUUCCCGUCGGGGCAGGCUCUCGGUGGACACAAGCGGAGGCACUAUGAAGGCGUGAUCGGCGGCAGUGCCACCAGGAGCCGCGCCACCGCUGUCGUCCGGGAUCUCGACUUGAACAGUCUGCCGUCGGGUGAAGAAGUGUAG